AUGACAGGCACGAAGAUCGAUGGCACGGCCAUAGCAAAAAGUAUUCGAGAAAAAUUGCAUGCACAGAUAGAAGAAACUCAGAAGAGCAAUCCUAGAUUCAAGCCAUGUUUAAAAAUCAUUCAGGUUGGCGAUCGACCAGAUUCAUCCACCUAUGUUCGAAUGAAGCUGAAGGCAGCUGAAGAGGCUUCGAUUGACUGCGAACUCGUCCACCUACCUGAUACCGUCACUGAACCAGAGAUCCUGCAGCAGAUCUAUACGUACAACAACGACUCUUCCGUGCAUGGCAUCCUGGUUCAGCUACCCUUACCGAAGCACCUGUCCGAGCACACGAUCACUUCCGCUGUCCUUGACGAGAAAGAUGUAGAUGGCUUCGGUGCCACAAAUAUUGGUGAACUAGCUAAAAGAGGAGGCAAGCCAUUCUUCAUUCCCUGUACACCAAAGGGUGUUAUGGUCUUGCUGAAGGAGGCCAACAUAGAUCCUAAGGGCAAGACUGCUGUUGUGCUUGGAAGAAGUGACAUUGUCGGCAGUCCUGUCAGCUAUCUGCUUAAGAACGCUGACGCAACUGUCACUGUGUGCCAUUCGAAGACAGCCAAUCUGCCAGAAGUCAUUAAGCAAGCUGAUAUUCUGGUAGCUGCAAUAGGGAAGCCUCAUUUCGUCAAGGGCGAUUGGCUAAAGCCUGGUGCUGUGGUUAUCGACGUCGGUACAAAUUACAUUCCGGACGACUCGAAAAAGUCUGGUCAGAGACUGGUUGGUGACGUCGACUACGAAUCUGCUGUAGAGGUUGCGUCGUACGUAACGCCUGUGCCAGGUGGUGUUGGUCCUAUGACUGUCGCUAUGCUGCUACAGAACGUUGUCGAAGCUGCCACGACUUACUUCGAGAACCUCAAAUCCAGAAAGGUCACCUCUCUCCCAAUCAAUAUCAAGCAGCCUGUACCUUCUGACAUCGCCAUCUCACGGUCUCAGCACCCCAAACAGAUCACACAAGUGGCCACCGAGGUCGGUAUUGCACCGCAUGAGCUCGAACCAUAUGGUGCAUACAAAGCCAAAGUAGAUCUGUCGUUGCUCAAGCGACUCGAGCACCGCAAAAAUGGCAAGUACAUUCUGAUAGCUGGUAUAACACCUACGCCACUGGGUGAAGGCAAAUCCACUACAACUAUGGGUCUAUCGCAGGCAAUGGGAGCUCAUCUAGGCAAGAUCACCUUCGCAAAUGUGAGACAGCCCUCCAUGGGUCCAACCUUCGGCAUCAAAGGCGGUGCUGCAGGUGGCGGCUACAGUCAAGUCAUUCCUAUGGAUGAGUUCAACCUUCAUCUUACAGGUGACAUACAUGCCGUUACCGCUGCAAACAAUCUGCUGGCAGCUGCUAUCGAAACAAGAAUGUUCCACGAAAACACCCAGAAGGAUGGUCCAUUAUAUCGGCGCUUGGUCCCCGCGAAGAAGGGCAAACGCGAAUUCGCUCCAGUCAUGUUCCGAAGAUUGAAGAAGCUUGGCAUCGACAAGACUGACCCUGAUGUCCUGACUCCAGAGGAGGUAACUCGGUUUGCAAGACUUGAUAUUGACCCUGAAACUAUCACCUGGCGAAGAGUAUUGGAUGUGAACGACCGCCACCUUCGAGGCAUUACUGUUGGCCAGGCAUCGACCGAAAAGGGCCACACUCGAGAAACUGGCUUCGACAUCUCGGUUGCAAGUGAAUGCAUGGCAGUCCUUGCACUCAGCAACGACCUCAGAGACAUGAGAGAAAGACUUGGAAAAAUGGUUAUAGGUACCUCCAAGGCCGGUGAUCCAGUGACUUGUGACGAUCUUGGCGUUGGUGGCGCGCUUACAGCUCUUAUGAAAGAUGCUAUCAAACCUAAUCUCAUGCAGUCUCUCGAAGGUACACCAGUUUUUGUCCAUGCAGGGCCCUUCGCCAAUAUCUCGAUUGGAAACAGCUCUAUUCUGGCGGAUAAACUUGCCCUGAAAUUGGCAGGCACUGAGCCAAACGAGGAUCCCGCCGAGAAAGCGGGCUACGUUAUCACAGAAGCUGGUUUCGACUUCACCAUGGGCGGCGAGCGCUUCUUCAACAUUAAAUGCCGUGCGUCUGGUCUUGUGCCUGAUGUUGUGGUAAUUGUCGCCACAAUCAGAGCACUCAAAGUUCACGGUGGCGGCCCCGAGAUUUCACCUGGCGCAGCACUGGCCGAGGAAUAUCGCACUGAAAACGUUGACUUACUCAAGAAAGGCUGCGUCAACUUGGCCAAGCACAUUUCGAAUGCCAAGAGCUACGGUGUCCCAGUCGUGGUGGCCAUCAACAAAUUUGAAACUGACACCGACGCAGAAGUUAAGGUCAUCCAGGAAGCUGCACUAGAAGCCGGUGCAGAGUCCGCCAUCCUCGCAAACCACUGGGCAGAAGGCGGCAAAGGUGCAGUAGACCUUGCCAAAGGUGUCGUCGCCGCAGCAAACAGCAAGCCAAAUGGUCAAGAUUUCAACUUCCUCUACGACACCACAGAGUCAUCAUCUAUCCAAUCUCGCAUCGAAGCCAUCGCUCAAAAAAUGUACGGUGCAGCCUCCGUCUCAUUCUCCGACCUAGCACAGAAGAAAAUUGAUACAUACACCAAGCAGGGCUUCGGCCACUUACCGAUAUGCAUCGCCAAGACACAAUACUCUUUAUCGCACGAUCCUGCACUCAAGGGUGCGCCGACUGGUUUUGAUGUCCCUAUUCGAGAUGUACGACUUGCCGUGGGUGCAGGCUACCUGUAUGCGCUCGCUGCGGACAUUCAGACAAUUCCCGGUCUACCGACUGCGCCAGGGUACUUGAAUGUCGAUGUGGACCCGGAGACUGGCGAGAUUGACGGUCUCUUCUAG